AUGUCAAGACACAGAAAUAUUCGCAAUAUGGACCUGAAUGAUUUUUAUGAUGACGAGGAUGACUAUUACGAGGAUGAUGAUGAUGCCGAGGCCAUUGAUGAUGACCAGAACGAUACUGACUCUGAAUGUCAUGUCGCAUACGAUCCAUCAGCUCACAAAGCAUCAGUCAAUGCCAACAUCCAAAAAGAAAUCUCAAUAGUAUCCCAAUUUGUCGGUCCUUCUUAUUCAGAAGCUUAUAUCAAAACGAUUCUUGCUUCCAAUGGGAAUAAUCCUGAACAAAGCAUCAACUAUAUCUUGAAUCAUCAAAAACCAGAAUUUUGGAAAGUAUGGUUUAGAUCCUAUGCUUCACCUCACUUGCUUUUUGGGUUUGCUCAGGAUACAAUGAUGUAG